AUGAUUUUACUCGUCCGCUUAGCCCGGCAACCCUUUCGGACAACCUCCUUCCAGCCUGUGCGGAGAGCGGAUAUAUCUGAGACCAUGGGUAUCAAAUUCCGAGGCCUAAUUGGGCCCAAACUUGCGGGAAGCGAUAUCCCUGAAGUUGUCGGAAAACAAAACGAUACCGAAGCUCGGUCAACAGGUAUCUCUGGCGAAAAGGCCUCGGAUCAGGUUUUCAAUGCCACCGAAGCAUCAGAGACCUCCGAUGACGAGAAGAGAGAUCUCCAGUUUGGUGUCCAGGCUGCCGAGGCCACACUACAGGUCUGGACGAGGCAGCACUUAAUUGCGGCCUACAUCUUUAUAUGGCUUAUCAACUUCCUUAAUGCCUUCUCUUCUGGUGUUGCAGGCACCCUGACAACCUACGUCACCAGUGAUUUCGGGAUGCACUCCCUCGUAUCGACUACCGGCAUCAUUUCUGGCUUGAUUCCCGGCCUGACGAAACUUGCCUACGCAAAGUAUAUUGAUAACUUUGGACGACCGCAGGGAUUCGUCCUUGCCGUCGGCGCUAUGACUAUCGGCCUUAUCAUGAUGGCAGCGUGCAAAAAUGUUGAAACCUACGCGGCCGCUACAGUAUUCUACUACACCGGAUACUCGUGGCUGGAUUUCACCAUUACUAUAUUCAUUGCCGACACGUCUAAGCUCAAGAACCGAGCUUUCAUGAUCGCAUAUGCGGCCUCCCCUGGCUCAUCACAGUUUGGGUUUACGGCCUUGCCUGCAGUCAAGCAAGGCCUCGUGCAGGUCAAGCCGCACGGCCGCGGACCAGUUGCCAACCUGUUGUUUUACGCCAAGGAAUUCGACAUCCUCGGCAUAUUCCUGGCCGCAGCCGGCAUCGGUUUGUUCCUUUUGUCCUUCAGCUUAUUCGCAUACCAAGAGAAGCAAUGGAAAUCCCCUCUCAUCAUUUGCUUCAUCAUCUUCGGCGGCUUGCUUAUCAUCGCUUUCGUCAUUUGGGAGAGGUUCUUCGCGCCUGUCACGUUUAUCCCUUGGCGAUUGAUCAAGAACAGGACCGUGUUCUUUACUUAUACAAUGAUGGCUUCCCUUUACACUGCCUGGUAUCUCUGGGAUAACUACUUCUAUUCCGUUCUUAUUGUUCUUUUCAACACUGAUAUCCAGGACGCGACGUACAUGAUGAACGUUUACACCGUUGGUAGCACCUUCUGGUCACUUAUAUUCGGUGUCUUCAUACGAUAUAAUGGCCGUCUCAAAUGGCCCGCCGUCUUCUUCGGUGUACCCAUGACAAUUUUAGGUGUUGGUCUCAUGAUUCACUUCCGACAGCCCGACGUGAACAUUGGCUACGUCGUAAUGUGUCUAAUUUUCAUCGCAUUCGGCGGAGGCACUCUUGUGAUUUGCGAGCAAAUGACCGUCAUGGCAGUUUCAAGGCAUCAAGACAUCCCUGCCAUUCUCGCCAUGGAAGGCAUGGUCGCGGCGAUGGGCCAGAGUAUUGGCUCCACCGUAGCUUCGGCAAUGUGGACAAACAUUUUCCCGAAGAAGCUUGCCUUAUAUCUCCCCGCCGAGGCGCAGGGCGACCUAGCGACCAUUUACGGAGACAUCGCCGUCCAGACAUCGUAUGCUAUCGGGACGCCCACGCGAGAUGGAAUCAACAAUGCAUACGGCGCUACACAGAAGCUGAUGCUCAUCGCGGCCACCUCGCUGUACAGCAUUACCUGGGCUAGCACUUUCAUGUGGGAGAGUAUCAACGUCAAGACUAUCGAACAGUACAAGGGUGCGGUCAUGUGGUAG